AUGGAAUCUUCUGGACUUUUGUGCAUCCUGGUGCUAUUUAUCCUCUUUGCGAAUGUCCAGGGAACUCGUCUAAAUAACUGUAAGUAUUUACGGGUGGGCCCUUUGCCCUCCAAGGCUCAUGGUUGUACAAUUGCUUCUUCCCUAGGGAAAUGCCCCAGAAUCAGAGAGAAAUGUGAAUUCAAAGAAAGAGACAUGUGUACGAGCAACAGAGAAUGUGAGGACAGCAAGAAGUGUUGCGUUCUCAGCUGUGGAAAAAAAUGUUUAGAUCUUAAAAAAGACAUAUGCAAGAUGCCAAAAGAAUCUGGCCCCUGCAUGGCUUAUUUUCUUCGUUGGUGGUAUAGUAAGGAAAAUAACACCUGCUCCAGCUUUAUCUAUGGUGGCUGCCAGGGAAACAAUAACAACUUCCAAACCAAAAGCAUCUGCCAGAAUACCUGCAAAAAAACACGGAGUCUGGAAAACCCCAGACAAGAUGUGCCCCGUCUCCCUGUGGAUCAGAGGGACAGCGAGCCUCAGAGUUCUGAGGAUUAG